AUGGUACACGCUGACAAGGGAAAAGGGGUAAAGUGGAGUUUCCCCACGCUCGAACCCUGGAUGUUAGCAACUAUGACCAUCGAACCUCGCGUAGAAGAUUUGCACCUUACCACGGAUGCUCUAAUCAUAUCCGCUGCAGUAGGGGAUUACCGCAUGAGAAGAAUCCUGGUAGACACCGGGAGUUCGGAAGACAUUAUCUACGAGCAUUGUUUCAACAGAAUGCAACCGGAAGACAGAAAGCUGCUUGAAUCGGUACACACCCCCAUCAAAGGUUUCACUAGAGAAAAGGUGGACCCAAUUGGUCAGAUUACUUUUCCAGUUACGUUUGGACAAAAACCCAGAGAAAGAACCAUACUCCUAACUUUCCUCGUGGUACGUGCUGAGUCAUACAACAAUGUGAUCAUUGGAAGGUUCACUCUAGGGAAACUGGACGCGAUAGUCUCUACGGCGCGAGGUUUUAUGAAGUUCCCUACCCCGCGGGGUGUUGCAACAGUGUUUCGUGACAAGAUAGGGGAGAUAUUAAACGCUUAA